AUGAGUUCAGAUGUUUUGGUGUCCCGGCCUCACUAUGCCAGCAGGUCUGUGGCUCAGGGAGUCCAAGAAAAGGAAUCUCCCAUGGAGCCGGAGGUCCUACAACUGUCCUCAGGCUCAGCCACAGCAGGGUACCGGUCUGCUAAAUACACCCCUGCAGAGUGGUUUUCCAACUACCACACCAUCCUUCAGCAGGCGGGUACUGACCAACACAAAGCCCAAAGCAUCCAACAAGAGUCCAAAAGUCUAUACCAGGAUGCUGAGGCAGCCACUCUGAAGACCCAGGCUGAGGGAACUCGUCUCCUGGGUGAGAGACUACAAGACAUCCACUACUGGAAGUCAGAGCUGCAGCGGCACAUCGAGCAGCUGCUAGCUGACACACAAGCACUGUCUACAUUGAAGACUAGGCUGGAGAAGGCGCUGGAUGCCACUGAGACUCCAUACGCCAUCGCCACAGAUAAUCUGAACUGCAGAACAAGAAGAUUGGGACCAGACCUGGUCAGAGACUCUGUGGAGAAAGAGCUGCUCAAGGAGGUGGAUUUGAUACGGAGCAUCCAGGCUCUUCUAAAGAGAACUACAGCUCAAGUCGUCAGUCAGAUCAAGAUGAACAGAGAGGUCAAGCAGACGCUAGAGAUGGACUGGUCUGAUAAAUACCAGGCCUACAGUUUUGAUGACCACAGUGGGAGAUAUAAUAACAUGAGCCCCGACACACGGCACCACCCCAGCUCUGCUGCUAUGCUGGACCAGGUGUCUAACCGCACCGUGUGGAUAAAGUUUACUCAAGACAAUCUGUUCAAGGCAUUACAGGAAGAACAGGCCACCAACAGUCUCCGAGUGCUAGUAGAGCAUGUAUUGCAGGACACCACAGAGGACCUGAGGGUCCAGUGCUCCAGUGUGGACCGAGCUUUCAGCCAGCGCUGUGAGGAGCUGAUAGAGGCCAAGACCCAGCUGGAGUCGAAGCUCACACAGACCUUGGAGCAGAUUGGGGCCCAAGAGAGGAACAUUGUGGCUUUACAGCAAGCCAUCCAUAACAAAGAGGCUCCACUGAGAGUCGCCCAGUCCAGACUUUAUCUCCGUUCUCUCAGACCCAACAUGGAGCUCUGCAGAGACGAACCCCAACUCAGUUUAGAGGGAGAGGUACAGCAGAUUGAUGCCACUCUGGCAUCUCUGCACCAGCAGCUGAGUGAGGCUCGAGCCUCCCUGGCCCACCUGGAGGAGUCCCGUGUUACAACUGAGAAGGACAUUACCUGUAAAACCCACUCCCUGUUCAUCGAGAGAAACAAGUGCAUGACUCACCGUAAACGAUACCCAACUGUCACCACGCUGUCAGGAUACUAA